GCUUCCGAGUUAUUAAGCUAGCUCUUCCUCUGUGUUCAUGUCGUUAGACGCCGAAAACGUCGCCUCGUAGCUCCGGAGUACACACAAAAAGAGACCAUGAACACGCCAAAGGCUCCAAACAACGCCGACGGGUUUGAAUAUUGAGACGUGGUGGUCGGGAGCGACGGUCAGACCGAGAAGGCGGAAUGUCAACAACGCGGCCCCUCCUCGGGAUGAGACGAGUCACCGAGCUAACGUGCCCGGAGCAGCCGACCAGCAGGCUCCCCGCGUCCGCCGCGAGGCAGCAGCCGGAGGCCCCCACCGUGGACGAGUUCACGGUGCUGGAGGAUAAAGAAGACGAGCUGAAAUGUGCCAAACCUCGAGUGGAGCAGGUUUUUAAAGUAGCGUUCACCAUUAUCGGUCUGCUGGACCACACGGGACAGCCGCACGGUAGCAAAACAUCACGGCAGAUAUGGCUGCAGCUCAGAGGAAACAGAGACGACGUGUCAAAGGCAAAGGAAUAUGUGCGAGGACUCUGUGAUCCAGAGCUGCAGAAAGAAGAGCGGUACCCGGUGGACAUGCACUGUAUUUUCGCUGGUGCCCGGGGCCUCUUCUUGGACAGGCUCAUACGAGACACAAGUGCUGAGGUUGUGGUGCCUGAGCCGGGCCGCCUGCGGUUGCUGGGCCGGGCUGAACCCGUUGUGAUGGCCCAGAGCAGAGUUCAGCAAUUUGUAGCAUUAUUUCAGGAGAAGCGAAGUCUACCGAGUGACAGAGAGCCUGCGGUGAAACGAGCGUUCAAGUCCUUUGUGGAGGAAAGGGAUGAUAAGUACACUAUGGAGCUUCUUCUGCUACCCAGUGCCCUGAAGGAGGAGUUACUGGGACUGGCUCAUAGCCCCACUACCACAAACACAUCCUCCCUGGCUCAGCUCAACCAGACACUGCAUCCCAGCAUGGCAGAGGUCGACCAAGACCGCUCACAGAGCAGCACGCCGGUGACAGAACUCUCAAACCGCAUCCUCGGCACAAGCUUUGAAGAGAAAGGGAGCGGAGCGGCAACUGUCGGCGCAGGCGGUAAAGCAGCAGCAGGAGGAGGGAUAGGCCUAGGCCCCGAGGCCGUCCUGCUCAACGGCACUCGGCCCUCGCACAAGCGGCGCUCAUCUGAAAGCGAGACUCGGGACACAAAGAGACAGUACUCUCUUGAGCGGAGGGACGAGUCGCCGGAGAGAGCGAGAGAAAGGGAGCGACAGAGGGACAGAGAGGGCCGGGGGGGCAGUAGCAGCUGUAGAUCUAAAACCCCCUCAGCGUCAUCAUCGCUUUCCUCAGGAAAAGCAAACACAGUCGUCGGUGCCAUCAUGUUGGACUCCAGUGAAGUCUCAGAUGACGGGGAGGCAGUAAGCCCAGAAACCAACCUCCGCUGCCUGGUCAAUUUCUUCAGGACCAUGGGCUACCAGCAGGAAGUGGUGGAGCGUGUUGUCAAGGAGACGGGACAGACGGAGGAUACCUUCCUCAUCCUGGAGAAAAUUGUCGAGGAAACCAAGCGUUGCGAGGAAGGUUCAAAAGGAGGUGAAAGAGAAAGACGAUUGAACUCUGUGCGUUCCCCGGAUACUCCCUCAUCAUCGUCGUCGUCGUCAUCAUCGUCGUCGUCGUCCACCUCCACGGUGACUCGGUUUAGAGAGAAGGAGCGCGAGCUGAGCAGAGCGUUGGUAGACCCGGGCAGGUCUAAAGAGAACAUUAAGCCCAACCAGCAUGGAGGAAGUAGCAAUGGUCUGGGGCACCGGAGGCAGUGCAGCGGCAGCGAGACCAGCACUCAGCAGGCCAUCACUAUCAAGAGGAGCUCUAGUGCUCAAGGAGGAGCCGGAAACUACGAGGUUAUCACCAUUGACGAUGACGAUGACGUUAUCCCCACAAAUACCAAAACAGCGGAUAGUAGGAUGUCCCGGAUGAUGACAGUGCCACACCUGGACACUCAGUCAGGGUCCCGAACAGACUACUUAGCACGGGGAGGGAGCGGCGCCUCACAGAGGGACUACCUGUCGAGGGGCGGGACCCAGACUUUGGGAGGGUCAGUGAAAGUUGAGACUGUGACAGCUCUGCGCAGCACGCCUCAGUGGCUGACCGCCACCACCACCUCCUUAGCGUCGACCCCCAGUUCAGCUCAGCCCAUCACCCGACCCUCAGCCUCUCCCUAUCAGACCAUCAGCCACAUGGCGUUCCCCGGGGUCGGACCCAGAUCGCCAGCGCCACGCGACCCCCCGGCACCCCCAGUGACGGGUCUGGCUCGUUUCCAUCAGUCACUGAGGACUCCCUACACUCUGAAGCUGCCAAAUGAGCCGGGACGUCAGGAGCUCAGACACAUAAUCAUAGAUGGCAGCAACGUGGCUAUGGCUCACGGUCUCCAUCGGUUCUUCUCCUGUCGAGGGAUAGCGCUGGCUGUGGAGACGUUUUGGAGGCGGGGCCACAGGGAGAUCACAGUAUUUGUCCCUCAGUGGCGUCAGAAGAGAGACCGACUCACAACAGAGCAACAUUUUCUAAACCAGCUGGAAGACCUGAGACUGCUCUCCUUCACCCCCUCCAGAGAGGUGUGUGGCCAGAGGAUAUCUUCACACGACGACAGGUUCCUGCUCCACCUCGCGGAGAAAACAGACGGGAUCAUCGUAACCAACGACAACCUGAGGGACUUUGUGGACACCUCGGACACCUGGCGCAAGAUCAUUCAAGAGAGGUUGCUUCAGUUUACUUUUGUGGAGGACCACUUCAUGAUCCCCGAUGACCCUCUGGGGAAAAAAGGACCCCAUCUAGACACCUUUCUGCGUAAAGAAAACAGGAGGGCUCCAGCCACUCCUCCUCCUCUGAGACCCCCAGACUUCCGGCCGUCCUCGCAGCCGCAGCAGCAGCCGGUUUAUGUCCAGGCCCUCCACUCCGCUCCUCGGACCCCCGCCUCAUUGCCCCGGCCCCCUCCCUCCCUGAUGCCCCACCCCACCGCACACUGGCCCCACUCCGGUCCUCCCGAAUGGCACCCGCCACGCCGAUCCCCUUCCCCCUCGCCCUCACCGCCUCCCCAGCGGUCACCAGGGGAGACGUCGGAGCUGAAGAAAAAGCUGUACGACAUCUUCCCCGACCAGAAACAACGCAUCGACCGCAUCCUCAGCGACAACCCGUACAUGAGAGACCUGAACGCCCUGUCGGGGCUGCUGCUGGGAUAAAGAGCGGGCUCGGCUGUGAGAAUCAGCAGACACACACAGUACAUAUGCUCACAUAUGCAAGAAUAUUACGUGUCAGCAUACAAAUAAUUUAUUUUGCCAUUUCUUUCAGCCUGGAGGGAAUGGAAAGUUUACUGUUAUUUUACAUGAAGACUGAUCAUCAAACUAGCUGCUAUUGGCAAAAAGUUGUUGUUUUUUUUUCAAGAUUUUUUCCUCUCCUUCUCAAAUUGACGAACCGCUCUGCUGUCUGCAGAACCAAAAGACAUUUUUUCAAGCAGCAAAGUCUUUAUUGGUUAUAAAUCAUUACAGAUCCUCAACAGCAGUCCAGAGGUUCCUUGAAUGUGGGACCAGCACUGGGAGAAAAUGUUUUGGACCAACAACAGUGAACUGGUUGCACUGGUGGGUUCCCUCUCCCAAACCUUGUUUACCAUCAGACUCGAACACCUCUCUGAAUAUACAAGCUCCGAGCUUUUUUGGGAUAAAACUUGGGACAUAGACAGGGUUUGCAUGUUUCUAUGCUUUCAGAAUAUUAGUUCUACACUUGUUAUGUUCUGUAACGGUGAAUUCACUGAUCGGCAGUUUCAGGUUUUUGCACUGUGAGCAGUUUCAGCAAUUUGGAGUCAUCAGCUGAGUGUACUGUUUUUUUUUUAUCUCCUUGUCAGUGUGCUUUCAGGAAGCAGGAUAAGAUCACCAGAUUUAGCAUCAUAUAGUCAUUAUUAGUGACAGUAAAUGUUUGACAAAAAUCCCCAAAAGCCACAUUUAAAGAUAUAUAGAUGGGUAGUUAUUUCAAUGUUUGAUUUACUAUUUUAUUCACUAUAUGUAUUAUACAUAAUGUAUAUAUAUAUAUAUAUAUAUACAGGCUAAAAUAAUCGCACUUAAUUAAUUUCUGUAAUUAAAGCAGCACUGCCCAUCUCUAUUCCUUUAAAAUAUUACCUGUAUAUCCUGGAUUUCAUUGCUGAAUCCAGAUGAUGUUUUAAUACACUAAUUCAGUAAUCAGAAGGAAAUCAUUUAAUACUUUAUUUAAAUAGUCUACCUACAGAUAGGUUAUAGAGUAUAUGUAACAUUUUGGCAGAUUAGUAGUUAAGAUUCAACUGUUUCACUUUAUUCUGUAGAUCAGCGUUGCCCCGAGUGGGGUCCGCGGGCUGAAAUUGGCUCAUUUCAAGGUUCGAUUCAGCCCAUCAGGUGUUUCAGGGUGAUUCUUUGUGCACAAAGUCACUUUGAGUGCUAUAAGAAAAAAACUGCAGUAGAGGCAUUUCAGUUCAGGAGAGUUAGUAUCCGAGGACCAUUGUGUACCAUUCUUAACAGUUCACUAGCCUCAGGUGGUAUGUAAUAUUUUGUACCUUCAUACUUACUAAAAUUUCACCGGGCUAUAUGGUCGUAUUAAGUUAUAAAUACACCCACUAAAUGCUGCGUAUUGUAAUAUUCUCACACCUAUUUUCCUUAUUAAACAGAGAAACAAAACUGUAAACCUUUUGAAUUCAGCACUCUCGGUCACAGACGACUGACGAAGCUUAACCGCCUCAUUAACUCAUCAUGUAACACACUUCAUCCAAACUCAACAGAUACAAAAAUGACCCAAACUGUCUUACUCUUUCAAGUAAUCUGAUUAGUGAGUCCACUGUUCCAAUAAUCGCCACCUCCGAUUAGGAUGAAAUGAAUCCCUAAUUUACAAAGAACAUGGAGCUUUUCCCCACGGUCUCUCUCUCUGCCCGCUGGCCGCCAGCUGUUUACAGUCCUGUAACUUCUCCCUCCACCAUUAGGUGUUGCUGUGUCUUGCAGCUCAGCUGCCUAUUUCCACCAGUAGAAACCGUAGACUGACCUCUAGUGGUGCGUGCUGUGCACUGCAUACAGUGAGUUUGAGAGAAAAACGAGUAUGAAAAACAUACCUUUGGGAUUUCUAAAUACCCCGGUAAACCAUAAUAUCCUGAUACCAUCCAAGAGUAUAUGUGUCAGUAAAGUACAUAGUGUCAGAAUAAUUUAGUUUAUGUUAAUCUAGUUGAGUAUAGUUCAGCUAAACUAUUCUGAUAUGGAGUGAAUUGUCCCGUAUACUCUACAAACAUCUAAAGUGAAAAAAGUUGUAUUGCUGAAUCUCAACUCAUCUGCUAAAAUGUUAAAAAAAAAAAACAAAAACAACAACUCUAUAAACUAUCUUUAGGUGGUCUAUCCAAAUACAGUGUUACUGGAAAUGAUUGUGUAUUUGAGUAUCGUCAAUUUGACCCCACCUCCGUGUUCUCUGUGAUUGGAGUUGUCGCUUCUCAAACCUGCUGUUUAUUAAUGAUCUCUGAAAAGCUGAAGACGAACUCAGGUGCUGAAACUGAAUUUGCUGCUCUGAUAGUUUGUGAUUGAGACGAGCAUUUUGUAUUUUGUUGAAUCUGUUCCCAGCAUCAGUUGUUCCAGUUUGAUACACUGUGUUUUCAGGAGGAUGCCCUUAUGCAUCUGCAUUUUGUUUUAAGGUGCUUUGAGUUAUCCGCCGCAGUUUGUCAGCCCACUACACUACAGGAGUUUGGACGUACCCUUUAUUGAUUAAGUUGAAUGAUCCACCUAAAUUUGAAAUCACACACUAUACAGUACAUUUGCUUAAAAUCUUGCCAAGACAGCAAAUGUACUUAAGUUACAUUUGUAAUUAGUGUUAAAUAGCUUAAUUGAAUGCACUGAAAAUAAGUAACGGUGUAGUGAGUAAAACAAGGUUUCAUUGAUGAAUCGUCAGAAAGCUUGUAGUGGGGUUUUUUUACCCUCACACACUCAGAGAAUGUGGGCCGCAGCUUGCAUAUUUGAUGUGCAUCUGAGUUUUUGUAAUAUACACACACUUUAUCUCCUUGUAAGAAAAAGAAUCCCUGCACAAAACUUUACAAGGUGUCGAAAAAAAACGUUUUGUUCAUACUUGCUAUGUUGUCGUUGUAAGGAUUACUGAAGGAUUUUCUCUUUUGUUGUAUUAUAAUUCUUUUGUGUAUAUUGAUAUUUUUUUUUGUAAAUACAAGCAUUUUUGGCUACGGUGCACAUAUGGUUUUAUGUAUGUGAAAAAACAAAAUAAAUGCAGCAGCCCCCCUAAAA